CAAACAUAAUGUGAUCUUAUGAUCCUUAAUUUUAUCAACAACUUCCUUGUCUGCUUAACAUGUAUUGAAGAACUCACUCACAAAACUCGGUUCAUAAACAAAUGAACUCACCCAACGUUGGAGAAAAUCGAAAAUCUAGAAUCUAGAAACAGCCAAACAGGGCCCAAUUAGAACGAUUCAGAUACCGCUACAGUAGUAUCUCUCUCGCUUUCACUUUCAGCGACCAAAAUAAUUAUUCUACUUCCAAAAAAUUAUUAAUAAUCUCUGUCUCUUCUCCUCUGCCCUCUAAUUUUUCUCAAUCCAAUCACGUAAUUUCAAUUUUUAAUUUAUGGGUAUCUAAUCCUUAAAUUAAAUUAAUUUUCUUUCUGUUUUCAGCUUAAUAAUUCGUCGACUUCUCUGCUCCUAUUACCAAAAAUUACUGUAAAAUGGCUGGAAAAGUUGUUCCUGCUCAGCCUGUUACCUCUUUUGAGUAUGAACUUCUUGAAGAUGAUGAUCCUGACCACUUUAGAACUGUUGUAGCUUCAUCAAAUCAGUCAACUCCUUGGAUUGACCCUGCAAAAUUGAAGCUUAGACACCGAAUCGGGCGGGGUCCUUUCGGUGAUGUUUGGUUAGCUACUCAUCAUGAAUCAACUCAAGAUUAUGAUGAGUUUCAUGAAGUUGCUGUUAAGAUGUUGCAUCCUGUCAAGGAGGAUUGUAUGAGGGUUUUGUUGGAUAAGUUUCGGAAUUUGUUUCGAGAGUCUAGAGAGGUCGAAGGUGUGUGUUUGAUUCAUGGAAUUUCUGUUAUCAAUGGGAAGAUUUGCAUCGUUAUGAAGUUUUAUGAGGGAUCCAUUGGCGAUAAAAUGGCUAAUCUCAAAGGAGGGAAGCUGUCGCUGGCUGAUGUGUUGAGGUACGGGAUUCAAUUAGCACAGGGAAUUUCGGAAAUGCAUGCAAAAGAACUCCUUGUUCUGAACCUUAAACCUUCGAACUUUCUUCUUAAUGAAACUGACCAUGCAGUUUUAGGAGAUGUUGGCAUCCCAUACUUACUACUUGGAAUCCCACUGCCAAGUUCAGAUUUGUCUCGCAAGCUAGGAACCCCUAACUACAUGGCUCCAGAACAAUGGCAACCAGAAGUAAGAGGCCCAUUAUCUGUAGAAACCGACUCAUGGGGAUUUGCGUGCAGCAUUAUAGAGAUGUUGACAGGCGUUCAGCCUUGGCGUGGAAGCGGAGUUGAAGAAAUAUAUGAUGCAGUGGUUAGAAAACAAGAGAAACCGCACAUUCCAGAAGGUCUACCUUCUCCAGUGGAAAAUAUUCUCCGCAGUUGCUUUGAUUAUGACUUCAGGAAUCGACCCUUAAUGAGAGACAUUUUACGCGUGUUUAAAAGUUCACAGAAUGCAGUUUAUGGCGAUGGAGGCUGGACCGGAUAUGGGAGCAUAAUCUUAGACAAACCAGGUAUCGCAGGUUACUCGGAGUGGUUUCUUUUGAAGGAUCAUCUGCAAGUUGGUGAUACGGUCCGCUCCAGAAAGCCACCUAAUUUUCGCAAGUCUGAAAAUAUGGAUGUUCCAGAAGCCAUAGUGGUGGGAUUAGAAGGUGAUGCAGAUCAAAAUGCUUUUGUUUUGGUGAGGGUCCAUGGUAUUCAUGACCCGUUAAGGGUUUCAGUACCCUCUUUGGAACGAGUCACUUUUGGCUUGGCGGCGGGGGAUUGGGUACGUUUGAAGGACGACGAUAAAAAGCACUCACCUGUGGGUAUUCUUCAUUCGAUUAACCGUGACGGAACUGCAGUAGUGGCAUUCAUAGGAAUGGAAACUUUUUGGAAAGGGAAUUCCUCAGAGCUUCAAAUGGCGAAAUCUUAUUUUGUGGGUGAAUUUGUGAGGUUGAAAGUUAAUGUUGUCAGCUCGCGAUUUGACUGGCCUCGCAAACGACAAGGGGCUUGGGCUACUGGGAAGAUUUGGCAGAUUCUGCCAAACGGCUGCCUUCUUGUCAAGUUCCCUGGCAGGAUAACUUUCCGGGACGAACAUAGUACGUUCUUAGCCGAUCCAGCUGAAGUAGAAGAGGUUUCGUUUACUACUUCCCUCGGAAUGGUUAAAAAGUAUCAACAUCUUGAGGAUUUACAUUGGGCUGUGAGACCACUUCUGAUAGCUUUAGGUCUUUUUACUGCCAUGAGAAUAGGUUUUUUCGCAGGGAAGAAAAUGGGCAAAUCCAAAGGGAAGAAACAACAGACUACCAUAGUGCAAAACGACGGCCAACAUACCGAUAGCCUAAGUAGCAGUAGUAGCGGUAACCAAGCUUGGUUUCCACCAUCGGUGGCAAACAUCCUCGGUGCUGCCCGGUAGUUGAUCUUUUUAAGCUUUCAAAAACUUGUAUAUAGUUAAUAAUAGCUAUAAACUGAUAAAGUGCAUACUGUUUCUCCUCAGUUGUUGUAGGGCUGCUGUUGCUAAAAUAAUAGCUUACAAUCUGCAUGCAUGCUUUAUUGUUAAUAGAAAUUAGGAGUGUGAUCAAAUCGAGUCGAAAUAUUGUUAAGCUCGUGCUCACAUCAAGUUUCAUUUUAGUUGUUUGAACUCGAACUUAGUAGAAUAAUUGAGACUCGAAUUUGAUUCAAUUA